UAAUGAUAGUUGCCUUAUUUAUUACAACUGCAUUAGCUCUAUAAGUGAAUGAGCAAGCCACAAUUACAACGGAAUCUCAAACUGCUGUUAGAGAAUUUCUUCAAUCUGGCCCAUUAGGUAAGAUGAUGCUUGAGUUUGCUCAAUUAGAGAUGCACGUAAUAAGCUUUAUCAAAAAUUAGAGGCUUCUGGUGCUGUAGACAUCUUGAUUGAAGUUCUCAAAGCUUUUGGUCGUCAAUAAGAGGAUAGAUUGAAUGAAGAAAAUACUAUUGUAAUAAUGACUAUUUAAUAUAGUGGUAAAAUAGACUAGGAGAUCAUAAUGCACGUAGAAUUUAGUAUGAGUCAUUGGUAACUGAAGGUGGAUUAGCUAUUAAUAGAGAUAGAAAAAAAUUAACUUAAGAAUAUGAACCUAGAAAAGAAGAAUUAAAUGAAAUUUUAACAACUUUGAAAACGAAUAUGGGCAAAAAUGAAGUUGCUAAAAAAAAUGCAGAAGCAUUAAGAGCUGAAUAGAAUGCAUAAUUCUAAUAAUAAGCAAAUGAAAUUACUGAAGCCAUUAAAGCAACUGAUGAUACUUUAGAAUAUAUUAAAAGAUGCAGUUAGGGUUCAUUUAUUGAAGUUGAUAAAAUUAAUGAUCAUCUUCUAUUUCUAUAAAAGAAAUCAUCUAAAUCUACUGAUUAUGUUGGAUCCAUAAUUUAAGCAUUAAUGUAAAUUAGUGAAAAGUAGAACUUUGCUGAUAGAGAGGUUUAAAAGUAAUUGGUUGAUCUAUUAUAAUCAUUAAGAGGUUAUUUUGUGGAAACUUUAUAAGCAGCAUAUAAUGAUGAAGAUUAAUAGAAAUUAUUACAUGAAAAUAGAAUGAAUCAAUUAGAAAAUGAAAAAUAAGUAUUUGAAAAAUAAUAUAGUGAUGCUUAUGCUGAAAGAGAAUAAAGAUCAUGUAAUAUAUUUAUUUUAUUUAUUUAGUAUAAAUUGAAGAUACAAAUAGAUUAUUAGAUACAAGAGGAAAAGAAUUAUAAGGUUAUUAAGAUAGAUUGACUACUGAAAACAAUAAUUUCUCUUAAAAUCAAAAGAUUCAUGAUGAUCUAGUAGCAGCCAUAAGUGGAGAAAUUGGUUUUAUAGAAAAGGCUUUAGAUGUUUUAAUGACUUAAGCUUUUUCUGAUGAACUAUAAACAGCUAUUAAUAAAGCUAAAUGA